GAUAAAAACCCAGCUCUACCUCCAAAUUUUAUACUCCACGGAGAACCAGGGCCGUUCACAGCAGAAGCAGCAGCAGCAGACAGCAUCAAACGCACGCCAUGAAGUUCCUCCUUGUCUUGGCUGCACUGUUCAUCGCGUCCACCACCGCGUCGUACAACCAUUGUAACCAGUACCACGAUCAGUACAUGUAUAGCAAAUGUCAGUACUGUGCAGAAACAUACAGAGACCAAUACGUGUGUCGUAGCCGUAAAUCCCACUUCACUUACGACCCUUAUGACGUGAACGUGCACAGCCCUCACGGCCGCCAGGGCUACGGCUACGGCUACAAAGUCAAUGUGUACACAGAUGGCGACUACUACGAGAACCACGACGACCCAUCUUGCUUCUGGCAGUGCGACGAGUACGGUCAGGCAUUUGCCAAGCCUUGUCCCUACGGACAGCGCUUUGACCGCUACGCCCGUGUUUGUGUCUCUGGUCCUGGGAACGUGCGUCAUGGUAACAGUGGCUAUGGCAACGUGCAUGGUGGUUACCAAGGAAACAGCUAUAAUCCCCUCCAGAACAGCCAUCCCUAUCAAGGCUAAUUCAGAGGUUAAACGCUGAAUUGGAGGACAAACGUAUAUAGACGAUAUUAUAUCCAUAUUGCAUAACUUUAAUUUGUUUACUUUUGUUUUGAAAGUGCAGAUCAAGUUAAAUGGGAUGACCAAACCUGUUUUUGAUGGCAGGGGUAUCAAAACUGAACAACCCAUGUCAGCUCGGCUGUUUCCGUACACGCAGCACAGCGAUGUCGAUGGCAUACGGAAUUUCCCGACGUUUGUCGAUAAUGUUUGUCAUAUGAAACAAAAAUACACUACUGUAUAAUUCCAAUGAAUAAAUAAUACGUGACCUUUUCGAGCUCAAUUGCAGCGUCCAUGUGUUUGAUUUUACGGGAUAUUGGCUCUGAUAUUAUGUUGAAAAAUAAAGGAAUCU